CCUCUCGCCGGAUUAGUCCAUCCUGUGAAACUCAACUUUCGAUCAACAGCGCAAAGAAUCAUGGUGAAAGAAAACUUCCAUCAUGGGUUCAUUGUCAUUCGUAAUUUUCUUCGCGGUGAUAGUUGGAGUAGCAGUAUCGAAACCAUUAUGGUCGACUUUAGUCAGCACUAAUCAUCUGUAUUCCAUGCCCGGAAUUGGACAACAGCAAUAUCUUGCCGCAUAUCAAGAUACGCAUUCUCCCUAUUACAUUUACAAUAUGUAUUCAAACGCGGGAGGUAUAUCGAAUACUCUUCAUGUUAGCAACACACCAGAGAUUUCUCACUUUCCUGCUUACAGUUUCUAUUAUGAAACACCAAUUUAUGAUAUCCGGAUUCCAUUAAAUCCUGUUUAUCCUGUGCUGACACCAUUUCAUCCAGGAAUAUCUCCGGCACUUCCGCCAACAUCGACAGAACAAUCUUCCGAUAAAAACGAUUACGAUGGCAUCGAAAAGUUAGAUACGAAAGUCGAUCCGAAUACAGAGACAAAAAACCCAGAAAAUACAGAUAACGAUUCCAUAACUGUGGAAGCAAUAUGAGAUAAUUCUUCUUGAUAAGUGUACAACGUAGCAUAUAUGUGAAAAGUUACAAUAAGUACUAUCGUUUAAUAUGACAAAUGUUCGCUUUUUUAAUGUUACUUUUAUAUUUAUGUUGCGCUACAUCCAAGAUAUGUGUUAAAAAAUUCUUUUUGACCAAAUUUUUAUUAAAAGAGAAAAAUAAUGCACUGUUACAUUCGUACGCAAGAAUAGCGUCUGAUAUUUGUAAAAUUAAGAUUUUGUAGGUUUCACUUUAUUUAUCUUUUCCCUAUUUCAAAUUAUCAUUUGAAAGUUGCUUGAAGUUAUUUGCAAAAUAGAGAGAGAGAUGUUGAUAUUGAGGAAAAAAAUAUCAAAUAUAAAUAUAUUUGUUAAUUUAAAAAGUAUUCAUAUUAAUAUCAAAUAAACAAUUAAUAUAUCAAAUAAAAUUUCGCUGAUUAAUAUUUAUAAUUGAAAUAAAAAAAGAAGAAUUUAAGUUUUAACUAUUUUUUUAGUAAAAAUGAACAUGCUUUCAUGUUCUUGAUGUUUUUCUAAUAUGAGCAAUACACUCGAUUUCGCUGAAACAGCUCUUUAAAAGCAUGUUUAGUUCCCACUUGUGCUUCUCUCCCUUCAAGUACCUGUUAUCCUUAGGUCUUUUUUAUAACUAAGUUAGUAUACUUUUGGAACUUAAAAUGAGAUAGGUAUAUAUUUAAUAUUUGGCGAAAGCGAGAAAAAUAUUACUAGUGUAGUCUAUGUAGGAAUCUGUAGAAAUAAAAAAAACACACCUCUUGUUAUUCGGCGAAUAACAAGAAUAAAAUAAUAUCUAGUGACACUCUAAAAGAUAGAAAUCUGAACAUAGCCUAAGUCUUAAAUACACGUAUACAAUAUAAUAUGUAAUUUGUACAUCUCGAAACUUUUUCAUUUUAAUUGAAAAAUAUUCAAAAUUUAUUUAUAUUGUAGUAUUCUCCUUUGUAUUGUAAUAAUAUUGUUAAAUUUUGUAUGUAAAAGUAAUAAUAUUUAUUUACAU